AACGAACAAGUUCGCUAUGCUCCCCAUCCUAGACUGCACACUUUUCGGAGUUUUAGUGCUAGGCAACUUUAUCCUGGGGAUGUACUUCUCCUUGCGCAAGAGAACUUUGCCUGUUCAGAGCACGUCCGUGAAGUUGGAGAUGUUUCUUGGAAGCCGGGCAUUGAAGAUACUUCCCCUAGCAGCGUCAUCCGCGGCAUCGCUGUUUUCUUCGACGGGUCUUGUUGGCUUCAGCGCUCACUACUACGCUUACGGGUGGCACCUUAUUUGGGCUUUCGUGGGGCCUUUCCUGUGCCUGCCGAUAGCCACCCACGUUUUCAUACCCGUGCUGUACCGGCUGCGCAUCACGUCGAUAUUCGAGUACAUCCGUCUACGCUUUAAUGCUGCCAUCUCCUUGACAACAUGUGCCAUCUAUAUUUUACUUACGCAAACCAUUGGUGCCAUCUCCAUCUCUGCAGCAUCGCUGACUCUCUUCACUGAACUGGCGUCCAACGCUGCGCUUGAGGAAACCGAUCGUAUGGUGUCUUUGGACGUGGUUUCCCUUUUCACCAGCGUGCCCGUGCCCCUCGGACUGACUGUGACGCACCGGGCCCUCGAAGACGACCCCACCCUGAACGACUGA